GGUUAAAGUUGAAGUAGAAGGUGAAGUCGGAUUAGAAGAGAAGAGAAGAGAAUAUCUCUAUUCCUAAUUCCUAUAAGGUAUCGGCAUCUAUCUCAAAGCUUUAAGCACCAAAGAAGAAAUGGCACAUCCUCUUCUUGUAAGCUUGAGACCCCAAAGCAUUAUCAUCGCCUAUCACAGCCACAGCCACAGCCACAGCCACAUUGAAUUGAAAUUGAAUAGUAGCAGUCCUAGGGUUUUGUCUUUGGUUAGAGCUGUCCCUCACCUUCAAGCCUCUGCUUCUCACUCUCACCUUCUCGAUGAUCUUCAUCACACUCCUUCUCCUCCUUCAAAUAAGGAUGAUUCAGGUAUUGAAACUAAGGGAGUAGCUGCAAAUUUUGGGAAACUAAAAGCACACAAGCUAAAACUUAUUGCCAGAAAGGCAAAGCAACAAUUCAACAAACACCAACAUUUUCGAGAAGAGGAGGAGGAGGCAGAUAAAGAGCCCAUCAGUAGGAAUUCAGACGAGCGUGGUGUUAAUAGGACAUCAAGGCAUGAUAUCAAACCUCGAAAAUCCGAUUCCAAAGUGGCGGGAACACAUAUUUCUUCUUCCCACUCAAGAGGUUGGGGUAAAGGAGUCGACUCCAGAUCAAUGCAGGUUUCUAUGCAACGAGGACAUGAGAAUGACUUCUUUAGUAGAAAAUCAUUUAGAGACCUGGGAUGCACUGACUUUAUGAUUGAGUCUUUAAAAGGGCAGGUUUUUGUGCGCCCUUCUCAUAUUCAGGCCAUGGCAUUUGCACCUGUAAUUGACGGGAAGAGCUGCAUUAUAGCAGACCAAAGUGGAUCAGGGAAGACAAUGGCAUAUCUCAUACCUUUAAUUCAACGUCUGAGGCAAGAAGAACUCCAAGGACUUGGUCAAUCCUCAUCUCAAAGUCCUCGAGUACUUAUAUUGGUGCCAACUGCUGAGUUGGCAUCACAGGUUUUGAACAAUUGCAGAUCGAUGUCAAAACACGGGGUUCCAUUUCGGUCUAUGGUUGUGACAGGUGGAUUUCGACAGAGGACACAACUGGAAAAUCUAGAACAAGGCGUUGAUGUUCUAAUAGCAACCCCUGGUCGUUUCAUGUUCCUAAUCAAAGAAGGCUUCUUGAAAUUACAGAAUCUUAAAUGUGCUGUGCUAGAUGAGAUAGACAUACUGUUCAAUGACGAGAAUUUUGAGGCUUCCCUGCAAGGCUUGAUCAAUUCUUCUCCUGUUACCACACAAUAUCUGUUUGUGACUGCAACUUUACCUGUAGAUGUAUGCAAUAAACUCAUUGAAGUCUUUCCUGAUUGUGAAGUCAUCAUGGGACCUGGUGUGCAUCGUACAAGUGCCAGGCUUGAAGAGAUUCUAGUAGAUUGCAGUGGAGAAAUUGAGGCAGAAAAAACUCCUGAGACAGCAUUUCUCAAUAAGAAAUCUGCUCUUCUGCAGCUGGUGGAGCAAAGUCCAGUUUCGAAAACAAUUAUUUUCUGUAAUAAGAUUGAGACUUGCAGAAAGGUAGAGAAUGCAUUAAAACGUACUGAUAGAAAAGGGACUCUUGUUCGAGUUCUACCAUUCCAUGCUGCUCUGGCACAAGAAUCACGUCUCGCAAAUAUGAAGGAGUUCAUGAAUCCUUCUCGGCCCAAAGAAGAGUCUCUCCUUUUGGUUUGCACUGACAGAGCAUCGCGUGGAAUUGACUUUUCUGGUGUGGAUCAUGUGGUACUCUUUGACUUUCCACGUGAUCCAAGUGAAUAUGUGCGCCGUGUUGGAAGGACUGCCAGGGGUGCCAGAGGAAAUGGGAAAGCUUUUAUCUUUGCUGUUGGGAAGCAAGUUUUUCUUGCACGAAAGAUAAUACAGAGAAAUGAAAAAGGUCACCCGUUGCAUGAUGUACCAUUUGCGUAUGAGCAGGUGGGUUAAAAAAUAGCAUGCUGCACUACAGAAAGACCUCCUGGAGAUGUGCAGUUUUUGCAGUACCCAUGAGCAUCUGGGAGGGAAGUAAAAGUUAUGCUCUCUAAGGAUCAAUUCUGGCUAGGGAAAUUGCUCUGGGAUAGGCUAUCCUGUUUGGAGUCCUGCUUCAUGAGCUCUAGGAGGUGAUUUCUUUCCCUUCCUUUUCUUUUGUACUUUACUCUUUCUUAGGAGGAUGUGUUCUUCUCCCUCGUUUUUCAAUCUUAGCUGUUCAUAUAUAUUGAAAAACGAAUGCACACUGCUGGCCAACACUGCUAGAUCACUAUGUUCUCUCCCUCCCUCACCGGGCAUGUCCUUAUUUUUCCAUGUCGCUAUGUUUUAAUCA